AUGUCUAAGAUCAAACUUCUAAUCGUUUUGGUCAUUUAUUUGAGCCCAGAAUUCGUUGAUUCGUCUAAAGAAAUAAGAUACAAGACAGCCAAACCUGCUGUGGGCAGCCUGCCUUCAGUAAACGAUAUUCUUAAAGAACAGAGAUUAAUCCUGAAACCUCCGUCCAAAUUACAGUCCUUUCUAACCAGUUCCAAUAAUAUAUAUCUGGUUUGGGAUGCACCAGAGGUUUACAAAAUACAUGAUGUGAAUUCCAAUGAUACAUUCUGGGAUGAAGACAAUACAACAAUGUCACUGAUAGAUGAUAACACUACCGAAACUACUACAGUGGAUAACGUCACCACAAAACCAACAGGGGUCACUUCAGUUGACAUUGGCACGACUUCAGAAUCACCGUUUGAAAAGGGAGAUAACACUAGUAUAAUGAGUAGAAAUAUCUGUAGACCAUAUGUAUUUCUAUAUAACCGAACACGACCCGGUGAUUAUGCUCAUAUAGUAAAGAAACCCAGUGAAGUUGCAACCCACGCAAUGAAAGUUGAAGAGAAUGAUGAAAACAAUGAGAAUAUGACAGAAAUUACUAUUAAUAUCAGUGAAGCUGUAGCACCAUUCAGUCAGGGCUGUGUUGAACAAUACACUAUCUAUAUAUACAAUAACGAAACAGGUGAACUAGCCCAGUCUAAAAGAUUAGGUGGAAAUGAACCAACUGAAAUCAAUAUAACCGAAUUAAAACCAUCAACCACCUAUAAACUUUUAGUAGGAGCUGAGUUUACAUCUCGGCAUAAACUAAACUCCACUUCUAUUACUGUAACAACUAAAGCUGAUCAAGAUAAGAAAGAUUGUCAGUGUAGUGGAGUUGGUACUAUAGGAGGUCAUCAACCAUGUCGUAAAGAUAAUACAUCAUUAUGUAUCUGUAAACCUGGAUAUAGUGGUUUAUUCUGUGAGGUGUGUCAACCAGGGUUCUACAAGACAGCCAUGUUUUUCCCCUGUCACCCCUGUCCAUGUCGACAAUACUCUUCUGUAGUCAGUUAUUGUCACUUUAAGGAAGGGUUUUUGGUGUGUGACAAGUGUAGAAGUGGAUACACUGGAAAUUUGUGUCAUCAAUGUGCUAACGGUUAUCAUCGCUAUAAGGGAAAAUAUUGUGUACCUUGUCGUUGCCAUGGUAACACUGAUUCCCAUUCCGACUCAGUCUGUGAUCCAUAUACAGGGGCAUGUAUUUCAUGUACAAGAAAUACAACUGGGUUUAACUGUGAAAGAUGUAGAGAUGGGUACAGAGGGGAUGCCAUUAAUUAUAAAAACUGUACAGCUAUCAGUGAUCUAGAUAAAGAUCUACUCCCAUUACCAGCUGGUUAUAUUGCUGGUAUAGUGAUAGCUGUUAUCUUAGUCUUAUCUUUUAUACUGGCUUUUAUUGUUUAUAAAUGGUGGAAAUUCCCCACCAUGAAACCAUUCUGGACAGUGGAGCUUAAAGAGGAUCAUGAAGGCGUCAGCUUUAGUGCCGUGGACGAUCAAGAAUUUCUGAAAGCCACAGAAACCAGGAAUAAAGAAGGACAAUUCUAUGAGAAGCAAGGGCGAGGAAUGAAGUAUGCACAGCUACGAGAAGAUGUUUAA